CAGGCCCCCGACAGCUGCUCGCGGGAGCCGCCUCCCGACACCCGAGCCCCGCCGGCGCCUCUCGCUCCCGGCUCCUGGCUGCCUCCGCCUCCCCCUCCCCUCGCCCCGCCGCCGCGGAGGCCCCAGUGUGGGGCCGGACGCCUGGGUUUGCCGGGAAGAGCGAUGAGAGAGAUGCUGCCCCCACCCCCGUAGGCCCGAGGCAUCAGGAGCUAUGGGGCCAGGGGCCCUGUCCUCUCUACUGGUCUUGCUGCUCCUGGUGGCGACUGGAGAUGCCGACAUGAAGGGCCAUUUUGACCCUGCCAAGUGCCGCUACGCCCUGGGCAUGCAGGACCGCACCAUCCCCGACAGCGACAUCUCUGUCUCCAGCUCCUGGUCUGACUCCACUGCUGCCCGCCACAGCAGGCUAGAGAGCAGCGACGGAGACGGGGCGUGGUGCCCUGCAGGGCCGGUGUUCCCCAAGGAGGAGGAGUACCUGCAGGUGGACCUCCGGCGGCUGCACCUGGUGGCUCUGGUGGGCACCCAGGGGCGCCAUGCUGGGGGCCUGGGCAAGGAGUUCUCCCGCAGCUACCGGCUGCGUUACUCCCGGGAUGGCCACCGCUGGAUGGACUGGAAGGACCGCUGGGGUCAGGAGAUUAUCUCAGGCAACGAAGACCCUGACGGCGUGGUGCUGAAGGACCUGGGGCCCCCCAUGGUGGCCCGGCUGGUCCGCUUCUACCCCCGGGCUGACCGGGUCAUGAGCGUCUGCCUGCGGGUGGAGCUCUACGGCUGCCUCUGGAGGGAUGGCCUCCUGUCUUACACAGCCCCUGUGGGGCAGACGAUGUACCUGUCUGAGGCCGUGCACCUCAAUGACUCCACCUAUGAUGGCUACACUGUCAGCGGGUUGCAGUACGGAGGCCUGGGCCAGCUGGCGGAUGGCGUGGUGGGACUGGAUGACUUCAGGCAGAGCCAGGAGCUGCGGGUGUGGCCAGGCUAUGACUACGUGGGAUGGAGCAACCAGAGCUUCCCCAGCGGCUACGUGGAGAUGGAGUUUGAGUUUGACCGGCUGCGGGCCUUCCAGGCCAUGCAGGUCCACUGUAACAACAUGCACACGCUGGGAGCCCGCCUGCCAGGCGGGGUGGAAUGUCGCUUCAGGCGGGGCCCCGCAGUGGCCUGGGAGGGGGAGCCGGUGCGCCACGCCCUGGGGGGCAGCCUGGGGGACCCCAGAGCCCGGGCCGUGUCCGUGCCCCUGGGCGGCCGCGUGGGGCGCUUUCUGCAGUGCCGUUUCCUCUUUGGGGGGCCGUGGCUGCUCUUCAGCGAAAUCUCCUUCAUCUCAGAUGUGGUGAAUGACUCCUCCCAGGCCCUGGGAGGCACCUUCCCGCCCGCCCCCUGGUGGCCGCCGGGCCCACCGCCCACCAACUUCAGCAGCCUGGAGCUGGAGCCGCGGGGCCAGCAGCCCGUGGCCAAGGCGGAGGGGAGCCCCACCGCCAUCCUCAUCGGCUGCCUGGUGGCCAUCAUCCUGCUGCUGCUGCUCAUCAUCGCCCUCAUGCUGUGGCGGCUGCACUGGCGCAGGCUCCUGGGCAAGGCCGAGCGGCGGGUGUUGGAGGAGGAGCUGACGGUUCACCUCUCGGUCCCCGGCGACACCAUCCUCAUCAACAACCGCCCGGGGCCUCGGGAGCCACCCCCUUACCAAGAGCCCCGACCGCGUGGGAAUCCACCUCACUCUGCCCCCUGUGUCCCCAAUGGCUCUGCGUUGCUGCUCUCCAAUCCAGCCUACCGCCUCCUUCUGGCCACUUACGCCCGUCCCCCUCGAGGCCCGGGCCCCCCCACACCCGCCUGGGCCAAACCCACCAACACCCAGGCCUGCACCGGCCACUACAUGGAGCCCGAGAAGCCGGGUGCCCCGCUUCUGCCCCCGCCCCCCCAGAACAGCGUCCCCCAUUACGCCGAGGCCGACAUCGUCACCCUGCAGGGCGUCACCGGGGGCAACACGUACGCGGUGCCCGCGCUGCCGCCAGGGGCAGCUGCAGACGGGCCCCCCCGCGUGGAUUUCCCCCGGUCACGGCUCCGUUUCAAGGAGAAGCUCGGCGAGGGCCAGUUUGGGGAGGUGCACCUCUGUGAGGUGGAGAGCCCCCAGGACCUGGUCAGUCUCGAUUUCCCCCUUCACGUGCGCAAGGGGCAACCCCUGCUGGUGGCUGUCAAGAUCCUCCGGCCAGAUGCCACCAAGAAUGCCAGGAAUGACUUCCUGAAAGAGGUGAAAAUCAUGUCUCGGCUCAAGGACCCAAACAUCAUCCGGCUGCUGGGCGUGUGUGUGCAGGACGACCCGCUCUGCAUGAUAACCGACUACAUGGAGAACGGGGACCUGAACCAGUUCCUCAGUGCCCACCAGCUGGAGGACAAGGCGGCCGAGGGAGCCCCCGCGGACGGGGAGGCCGCCCAGGGGCCCACCAUCAGCUACCCGAUGCUGCUGCACGUGGCGGCCCAGAUCGCCUCGGGCAUGCGCUAUUUGGCCACCCUCAACUUUGUGCACCGCGACCUGGCCACGCGGAACUGCCUGGUUGGGGAAAAUUUCACCAUCAAAAUCGCAGACUUUGGCAUGAGCCGGAACCUCUAUGCCGGGGACUAUUACCGCGUGCAGGGCCGGGCGGUGCUGCCCAUCCGGUGGAUGGCCUGGGAGUGCAUCCUCAUGGGCAAGUUCACGACUGCGAGUGACGUGUGGGCCUUUGGGGUGACGCUGUGGGAGGUGCUGAUGCUCUGCAGGGCCCAGCCCUUCGGGCAGCUCACAGAUGAGCAGGUCAUCGAGAAUGCGGGAGAGUUCUUCCGGGACCAGGGCCGGCAGGUGUACCUGUCUCGGCCGCCUGCCUGCCCGCAGGGCCUGUAUGAGCUGAUGCUCCAGUGUUGGAGCCGGGAGCCUGAGCAGCGCCCGCCCUUUGCCCAGCUGCAUCGCUUCCUGGCCGAGGAUGCGCUCAACACCGUGUGAACGUGUGCGGCAACAUCCAGCCGCCCCUGCCUUCAGGGCGCCGCCCGCCCGGGGAAGCCGGCAGUGCCCCGAUUUGCCACGCCACGCCUCAGAGAGGCAGUGUGGCCGCAGGGGGCUGGGCCUGCCCUUCCCCAGCUGGCCCCUCCUUCCCUAACGGCCUCUGUCGCCCACCCAGCUGGCCCUGACCACUUCCAGCCACCGUUGAGGGAGCGGUGGGGCAGAGGUAGGGCAGACACUGGACAUGGCCGUUGGAGCACCUGGGCCGCACUGGACAACACUGGUUCUGGGGAGGUGGCUGUGCCCCCCCAGCUUCUCUCUUCCUGUCACACACUGGACCCCUCUGGCUGAGAAUUCGGGGCAGGCGGUGAGGAGGACGAGAAGGGAAGACGAUGGUCCCUUGAGCCCAGUCCUGGAGGUGCUCUCAGCUCUGGCUUCUUCCUCCGCCAUCCCCUGCAACACUGAAGCUGGGGGCUGACCCCUGCCCCGGCCCUCAGUCCUCCCCCUUCCCACCUGCCAUGUUGUAGCUAGAACUUCCCUACGCCUGUCCGUUUCUGUGGAGUAAAUAUUGGGGUUAGGGGGAAAGAGGAAACGAUGGCCUGUGGCCUUUCGGGUUGGACAUCUCUGUUGUAGUUGCCACAUUGGUUUUUCUAUAAUCACUUGGGGUUUGUACAUUUCUGGGGGGAGAGACACAGAUUUUUACACUAAUAUAUGAACCUAGCUGAGGCAGUUUUAAUCCCCUGCACUAGGCAGGUAAUAAUAAAGGUUGAGUUUUCCAGAGCUGUAAGUGGAUUUCUGGGAGUG